AUGGCUGCUAACAAAGAAAUCCUCAUCAAUGCCUUUGACAUGAGCACCAUUGGGCAUCUUUCGCCAGGACAAUGGAAGAACCCUAGCGACAAGUCAACCACAAAGCGCAAACUGGAUUAUUGGAUCGAUCUGGCAAAGCUACUCGAAAAGGGCGACAUCAAUGCUCUGUUCCUGGCCGACACAUAUGGCGGCUACGAUACAUACGAGCAGAGUCUGGAUGAGUGUAUUCGCCGCGCAGCACAAUGGCCCGUGACUGAUCCUACCAUCCCAAUCUCAGCCAUGGCAGCCGUGACCAAAAAUCUCGCCUUUGGUAUUACAGCAAGUACCUCGUUUGAACCACCAUUCUUGCUUGCGAAGCGCUUUUCGACGCUCGAUCAUUUGACUCAAGGUCGUAUCGGCUGGAACAUCGUGACUUCGUGGAAGAAGGCAGCGUUCAAGGCCAUCGGCAUUGAUACACCCAUUGACCAUGAUGAACGUUACGCCCAAGCUGAUGAGUACUUGAGAUUACUUUAUAAACUCUGGGAAGGCUCGUGGAGCAACGAUGCCAUCAUCGCUGACGCCGAGAACGAUGCUUAUUUUGACCCCGAUAAGAUCAGAACCAUAAAGCACCAAGGAAAGUACUUCAACCUUGAGACGAGACAUAUCGUCGAUCCAUCGCCUCAGCGUACACCGUUCUUGUUCCAGGCAGGCACAUCUCCUGCGGGUUCAUCUUUCGCAAGCAAGCAUGCAGAGGCCAUCUUUGUUUCUGGUCACAGUCCUCAAGUCCUGAGGCCUCGCAUCGAUGCAAUCCGCAAGCUAGCAGAGCAGGAAGGCCGCGACCCAAGAUCUAUCAAGUUUUUCGCCACCUUCACGCCAAUUCUGGGCAAGACAGAUGAGGGAGCCCAGGAGAAGCUCGCUGAACUUCAAAAGUAUGCCUCCGUGAAAGGAGGGCUUGUAUUGUUUUCUGGCUGGACUGGCAUUGACAUUUCGACAAUUCCUCUGGACCAGGAAAUCACCGCUGCAGACUCAAAGGAGGUUCACAAGGUGACUUCGCAGCUCCACGCCUUUACCACUACCAGCAAGGAGGUGCCCAAGUGGACCCCUCGCGUCGUCGCCGAGAAAGUGGCUAUUGGAGGUCUCGGUCCUGUUGGUGUCGGCUCACCAGCCACCGUCGCAGACGAGAUGCAACGCUGGGUCCGCGAAGCUGAUCUUGAUGGCUUCAACAUCGGCUACGUCACCACACCGGGCACUUUCGAGGACGUGGUCGAGCUUCUGAUCCCUGAAUUGCGUCGUCGCGGCGUGUACCCUGAGAAGGGUGCGAAGGAAGGAUUGACAGCAAGAGAGAAGGUCUAUGGCGCUGGACAGGCAGGCGUGAGAGCUGAUCACACGGCGAGUGGAUAUAAGUACGACGUGUACAAGGAGGAUGAGCCAUAUGUGGCUCAAGAAGAGCAACAAGCAACACUGGAAAAGCAUGAAAACCUUGCGGCUUCCAACACCUUGUUAGAAAAAGGCAAAGUCACAGUCAGCGCCUCUGAAGUCGUCGCAUAA